CAGCCUUAGCUUUUGGUGGAUUCUUGAUUAUAUUAAUAAGGGUUGUGGUAAUUUUUUCUUUAAUUUUCGGAAAGGAGUAGGUUGAAUAAUAUGAUGGGAAGGUUGAGAGGCGUAGCCGCCGGCAACAAGAGCCUUGUUGUUGUCAUUGUUGUUGUGCUUGUUUUUGGUCUUGAGCUAAGUCGUGACGGGGUGCGGGCGGAUUCACCUUGCACCAGGGCAUGCCCAAGCCAAUGUUUGCUUCACAAAUCACAAAAUCCAACGGCGUGUUAUUCAUCAUGUCUUCACCAUUGCUCUCAAGGAAAAAAUCAUCAAGCUAUUGAUGUGGUAGGGCAAAAAGGUGACGAACACAUUGAAAUCUUCUCUGAAGCCGAAGCUCCAGUGGCUGUGGACACAACACGAUCAUUGUAAUUUAUCUGAAGACGAAGCACCUAACACUACUUAUUGUUCAAUAAAGCUACGCCUCAAUUUAUAAACCCCUUCCACAAUAAUGACGACAACUAUAUAAAAGUAGGAAUAAUGACACAUUAAAUGUAACUGAAAUCUAGAAAUAUCAAGGAAUUCCACCACAUAUCAACAAAUUACAUAUUUAUAUAU